CACCUGUUUCCCCCCAUCCUUUGCCGCCGAUCCAGCACAUUUCUGCAACAUCAAAUACAUUAUAGCCUUUCAACCUGCAUACACCUCCCACAGAAUUGCGAUACGAGCACCAUAAGGACCAAGAUUGGGCGGUUUCUCAAUUGUAUAUAAAGACGACGCUAGUUCCUGACCGACUGCCAACUUUCCCGCAUCGUCACACCCGCAAUUGUUACAAUAAACGCUUCUUCGCCAUUGUCCCCUAGCGGAAGAUAGAGGAACCACGGCUGCCACUUCUUCGAUAUCGUCGCCAACCUUGAUGCCACCUGCUCCGGAGUAAAGUCCUGUUUCCUGCCUGGCUGUACACCGCUUUACCGCUUCACAAACCUCAGAAGAAACACAUGGCAGAACAGCCGCCUAACGCACCGGCGGUCAUGUUACCAAAUGAGCCGUUGGCGCCGCCGAAACCAGAAUCCAUCGAGAACCCGGCAUCGCCGAGUUCGUUCCUUGGCCUGAAUCAUGCCUCGCUGUCACCGCGUUCCGACCCGAAGUCUGUGUCGAUCGCGCCUUUGGCAGACACCAUCUCACCUUUGAUGCUUGGACGCCAGAAGAGUGUCGAAGAAAUUGCGCUGUGGAGCGGGAGACCC